GGUCUGACGAUCAAGUCUAGAACCUCAGCUUCUUCAGCCCCGGCUUGGCCGUGAGAACUUCCAUCAUCGGGUCAUCUUACUUCUCUCAGUUCAGCCCUCUCUGACGCUCCAGCAACUGAUGCUCCUUUUUGCCAUCCCUCCCCCAAUGUCCAGUGCUCAUCUCCACUGGGGUGUCAGCUUCUUGAAGACCUGAUGACAUCUCAUGUAUCAUGUGGACCCUUCCAGCACUUGCCAUGGUUCUGCCUUCCACGGGCCCCAGGAUGAAGGCUGCCAGCAUCUUGGCCCUGAUUGGCUGUCUGGCCACAGUCACUGAGCCCAAAAUCUACCCUCGCUGUAAACUGGCAAAGAUAUUGUUGAGGGCUGGCAUGGACAAUUUCCAGGGCUUUAGCCUUGAAAACUGGAGCUGCAUGGCAUACUAUGAGAGCCGCUACAACACCACAGCUCAGAAGGUGCUGAAGGACGGAAGCAUCGACUACGGCAUCUUUCAGAUAAACAGUUACAUGUGGUGCCGACGUGCGGAACUAGAAGAGAUGAACUACUGUCGUGUUGCCUGCUCCGCCUUACUCACUGAUGACCUGACAGAUGCAAUUAUCUGUGCCAAGAAAAUUGCUCAUGAGACCGAAGGGAUGAACUAUUGGCAAGGCUGGAAGAAGCACUGUGAGGGCAGGGACCUGUCCAAGUGGAAACGAGGAUGUGAGGUUCCAUGA